UCUGGACAUUAAUAAUUGUGUUGACAGGUGCAGUGAUGGCCUCUGGGAGUCGUUGCUGCUUCUCCCCGGUCGUAGUGGUCGUCGUUAUCGUCGUCGCCUCGUCUGUUCAGUCGUCCCCGGAGACCUCAGUGGCAGGAGAUGAUGCAGCAGCUAAGUCUCUCACUCCUCCUGCGGCGGGGAUGGUGAUCUCCCUUGAAGGAAACAACACAGAGACGGUGAAGACUCUGGCGAUAACCUCUGUUGAAAGAGGCAACACAAAAGGCAACACAAGAGGCAACACAAGAGGUAACACAAGAGGUAACACAAGAGGCAACACAAGAGGCAACACAAGAGAUACGAUAUUGGAAGCCGAGACGAUGACCCCCGUUGAAGGAGGUCAUCAAAAGACUAAAACACUGAACACUGAAAAAAUAACCCCCGUUAACAGAGGCUUCCGAGAAGCUAGGACACUGAAGCCUGAAACGGUUACUGGCGUGGAAGGAAACACUGGCAAAGCUGAAAAACUGAAGCCUCUGAAAACGACCCCAGUUGAAGAAGCCGAGACAGUAAAGCCUUCGAAGAAUGAAGAGGGCGAGAAGGUGAAGCCUGUCACGAAGGGGAUGUCAAAGUCACAGGUACAAACGUACUAUACAACGACGUCUGGCUUCGGAGGAGAGAUGCUGAGGGACGUCAUGUGGGGACUUGGGCAAAUCUUUAGCUUCGUCGAUGUGGUGAACGAGAACCAGGAGCCGGAGAACCAAGGCAACAGUACUGGGAUGCAGUGGCUCCGGUUCUUCAACGAGGUGAACCUUAUCCUGAUAGAGUGGAACCAAUACUUCAACAACGUCAGUGAGAUCAUGCAUGAGCAGCAAGUUUCCGCGUUUGAGGAUUUGUUAAAUUCCAUGUUCAGCACUGACAAUGUUCCUCUUAGUAACGACACCACCAUCAAUGAUGCCCACGUUACUCUCACCACCAUCAGUUUCAACCCGCUAGGCCAGCUGCUGCACAUCCUAGGCUCCCUGACUGGCUUCUACACCAUCAAGGACUGGUGGCACAGGGUACAGUACGACUACAAUCGCUUCGUCGACAAAGAAAUCGUGAAACAGGAGUUGCCAGAGCUGCAGAACUCAACCAAUCUGCCCGACGGUGUCCUGGUUAUCGCUCCCUACGAUCCAUUCUCUGUGGGAGUCAACACCUUCAUUAAGAUGGCCUACACGUUGAUCUUCUGGUACGCCUAUCUACCCAACUCAGGCAUAGAGAACAUCUUCUCUACAGCGCCUAUAGUUAUUCCUGGCAUAGGUGGAGGCGGUGGAGGCGGCGGAGGUGGAGGCGGCGGAGGCGGCGGUGGUGGUGGUGGUGGCGGCGGCGGCGGCGGCGGCGGCGGCGGCGGCGGCGACGGUGACGGCGAUGGAGAGGGGGAAGAGGGCGAGGGAGAUGUUGAUCCUGAGGGAGAAGGAGUGGGCGAAGAGGAGGCUGCUGACGAGGCCGCUGCAGAAGGCACGGAGAUAAGUCCCCAACAUGCUUACCUUCCAUAUGGUUACAGAUCUCACCAGCAGCAUCAGCAACAUCAUCAUCAGCAACAUCAGCAGCCAUACAAGGAAGACUCAUAUACUUUCUACACCUCCCACGACGGCACACUCUACACCUACAACACCAUCCCCACCAUCAGGAGAGACCACCACAACAAACAUAGAGCCAAGAACCGCAGCCACACCACCAAGGACACGCACAAGAACGCCGCAACUAUCCGUGAACGUAGUGACGACCCUCCCAGGUCGUCUCCGAGCUUGGACUACAUCUACGGCAACACUUACGGUCACGGAGUGGGAGGACCUCACGUAGUGGCCUCCCUCGGUAGUGCACACAUGACAGGCAGAAGGAAGUAG